CACAUAGCAGUCAGGGCUUGCUGAUCAGUGAAUAAAAAAGGGCCGAGUCUGUACUGCUACUUUGCUUGCUUGUAAUAUUUUGUAUGGUGGGAGCAUAGAGAACGUUUCGUGUGUAUAGGAAAGGACAUUUUUUCAUGCUGUAUUGGGUUGGUGCUUGCGUUUUUCUGAAGCAUGCGACACGACGGUGGUUUACAGAUGGCGUCAGCAGGAGUUGAUAACAGAUCAUGGCAAAAAGAUGCCGCCGACCAGAAUUUCGACUACAUGUUCAAAUUGCUCAUCAUCGGCAACAGCAGUGUGGGUAAGACGUCGUUUCUCUUCCGGUACGCAGACGACUCGUUCACGUCGGCGUUUGUCAGUACGGUGGGAAUCGAUUUCAAAGUAAAGACAGUCUUCAGGCAAGACAAAAGAGUCAAACUACAGAUAUGGGACACUGCGGGUCAGGAGAGAUAUAGAACCAUCACAACAGCUUACUACAGAGGUGCAAUGGGAUUCAUUCUAAUGUACGAUGUGACGAAUGAGGAGUCGUUUAACAGCGUUCAAGAUUGGUGCACACAAAUCAAGACAUAUUCAUGGGACAAUGCGCAAGUCAUCCUAGUAGGUAACAAGUGUGACAUGGAAGAUGAGAGGGUAAUCGCUGCCGAGAAAGGCAAGACAUUGGCAGAUCAACUAGGGUUGGAGUUCUUUGAGACGAGUGCUAAGGAGAACAUUAACGUCAAGCAGACAUUUGAGCGGCUGGUUGAUAUCAUCUGCGAUAAGAUGUCGGAGAGCAUCGAUACGGAUCAGAGUAUGCGACCAGCGGCCACCAUCACACCGACGGAUCCUGGACAGACGCCAUCAAAUGCGUCUUGUGGAUGCUGAUCAACUCAAGAUCAGGGUUAAUGGUCAAUGGACGCUCCUUACAUGCGUCUGGAUUCAACAUUAAGAAGAACAUCUGAACUGCCAGAGACGACCCCACCCUCAAAAUGUAAUUAUACAAAUCACUUUCACAUAGACUUCUUCUAAAUGAGUAAGUGCUACUCACCCCGGCACCGUUGGUGGCAAGACAUUAAUUACUAUAGAGCAAUCAAUAUCACUCUAUUUUUAGGGACAAACAUAAAUCGUAUUCAAAAUUAUCUGCAGGGUCAAUUUCAAAGAGCUGCUUUAAGCACAUUUAGGUUGGAAAGCACAAAACAAAUGUGCUUACCCUUAAAUAAGUUGCCAGCCAUAAUGCAAUGGCAUGUGUAUUAUUUUUGCUUUUGUUUAUGCUUAGCAGAAAUCUGUUAAGCAGUAUUUUCUGCUUAAAAGCAGCUGAUUGAAAUUCAGCCAUGACCUCUCUUGUAAUUUCUUUGUAUGUCUGGCUCAAAUCACCAGCUUCAGAAAUGCUUGACCCUGUUACCAGCGUCUUGUAGUCAACCUUUUAUGACGGAGAAUUGUAACAAACUGCUGCAAACUCUUUAAGUAUGGUUUGAGCCAGACAGUGUCUGAAGAGAAGGAACAAAAUUGUAAUUUGAUUUGGGGAAAAGAAACCACAUUUGGGAGGAUGGGUUUCUAGAAGAACAGUAUGUUCUAGCUCUGAGUUGAUUAGAUUCUUAUUACGCCUCACUGUGUUUAUUAAAUACGCUGAACCCCUCUGAGGGAUAAAACCUGACAGGCUCAUCACGUUCUGGUUGGGUAGGAGGGGGGCCUAUGUUUUGCUACCAACGAGGGGGUUAUAUGCUGGGUAAUUCAGUCGCUUGAGGGUGAUAUGCUCAAGUAUUGUUUACAGUAGAGCACUUUGUGGGGAAGGGGGAAAUAAUAAUAUGCAUACAAUGGGUGAUGGAUAUUUUAUCAUAUUUUUAACUUGGCUUUUGAUGAUUGAGUCAUAUCUCAGCUGAUCGACCAAUCACUAAGGCUCAAUUUAACUUAAACGAUUAAUAAUUUGUAGCGUUGAAGUGGUAAGAACGCGGUUUGUAACAUUCACAAGAAAAAUGACACUCACAAAAUAUAAGUGAUAUUUUACCACGAACCUGUGACAGUGAUUUAAAUAAUGUUUGUUUGCUAUUUAUCUUGAAAUUAUUUAAUAAUAUAAUAAGUGGAGACACUAUUAAUUAAGAUGUCAUGAAAUUUCUUUGUGAAAGGAAUCAAGUAAACUUGAUCACCAUGUAGACAUCUUGUAGUCCUUUCCCCCGAUAGUUAAUCGUGCCGCCUGAAACAGAGGCUUGAUAGAGUAGUCUGGUCUCUUGAAUAUUAUCUAUGCUAUAGUUAUUAUAACGAGACGGGAGCCAAAGAAAGAUAGCCUCUAGGUUAUUGUCUCACUGAGCUUUUCCGUAAUUCUGGUACAUAUUCAGGGCUGGAUUUACCUACUGCAUAAGGAGAACAUGAUCUUUAAGGCUUUGUCUGUCGAACUUUUCUAGAACACUAUCACGCUGGGGGAAAAAAGUUCCCUUUGACAAAGGCAUAAGAUGCUGGAGAAAAUCAUCUUCAGCGAAACAAUGCAGUAAGUAGCUUUCUGGACUAAUGCUUAAUAAUGGAAGCUACAUGUAUGUACCCGGAUUUUAGAUAAACAGAUCAAAUUUCAUUGGUUUACUUGCAUGUCCUGAUUUUACUAUUUGUGUGCUGUUUACCGCGUUGAUGAUGCGGUGAUCGCAUAAGCUUUGGAAUGUUUGUCUGACAGCCGGGUAUUAUGAGCAAAAGUUACAUCAUUAGUGCGGAGUGCUUGAUUGAAGCUAAUGUACAACAUUUUUAUCUCUAUAAACACAGUGUAAAAUUCACACGUUUUUCUUUGGGCGUUCUUUAAUAUGGUAUAACUUGUAGGUUACUGAGGUUUAGAAUCUUAACGUGAGAAACAGAGCCAGGGUUUGUAGAACGUGUAUAUUUAACUUUAAAAAGAAAAAAAAACUAUUAAAAAAAAGUAUUGAAGGCAAUAUAUUAAGAUCUUUAGGUACACUAACCAUAUAGUUUAGCAUUCCAUCUAUCACAUAUAUGUAUGUAAUAUGUACUUUUUUCAAGUUAGACCAAAAGAAUAUAAGAUUUGUAGAAUUGGCUGUCAUCGUUGAGAACCCGGUGAAGGAAAUAUAUGUCUUGCCAUAAAAAAAAAGCUGCUGUUUUUCGCCACCGAGUUUUCUGUUGGAUUGAAGUUAGUAGGGAUGUAUAAAAGCCACCUUUCAAAAUGUAUGAGAGCUCCAAAAGUUGUGUCAACAUUUGUUGUCUCUUUUCGUUUUCUUUUAACUUUCCAUUCCAAGGAGAAGAUAAUCUAUUUAAAAAAGCAACACUUCAAGACAAUUUAGUUAUUUUGUUUUCAACCCAAGUGUUGGCACACCUUUUUCUCACCCUGAUGUAUGAUUUCAUUCACCCAUCUAAAACAAUGGGAGACCUUUGGUCGCUUGACAUAGAUAGUUUUCCCAUUGUUUUUCAUCAACUCGGUUUUGAAUACGAUGGGUUACUCGGUAAGUCUGCUGCCACCUAGUGAUCCGAAAAGUGUUGUCGUAGUCGGAUUCAUUAAGCCUCACCCACAUGGUGUAUUGACCAAUCGCAAUAUUCGAGUAGGCAAGCCAAAGCAUGAUCAGGGCACGGUUGGACCAUGUGGUUGGUUGUUUUCCUUCAUAGCGUGGGAAGGCUAACUGAAUCCGUCUUUUGUACCAUUACGAUGGCUUUCUUAAAUGCAUGUACGUGGGAAAAACAUUAUGUUAUAAUUGUACGUAUAAUAUCAGUAUGAUCAUUCCAGUAGAAUGUAUUCAACAGAGUUUCAAGGACUAAUCCAGACUUGUGUUUUAUAGAGACUCUUUGUCUUGGUGCCACCAUUUUGUUUCUCCCCAUUCAAAACUGUCACCAAACGGGGUCCCUGAAGGCCAGAAUAGUCUGCACCCACAUGUGUAUAAUGAGAAACUGUAUUCAUAAUGCAUGCAAUGCAGGCGGGGAACAUGGCAAAGACGGCGGGAAGCAAAAGUUUUGUAUUUCUGGUGAUGCACUGGAGUCUGUAAAUCUCCUGAAUACAUCUGAGAGGUAAUUGGUCUAGAAUGUUGAGGGACCACGGGCCGAAAGCCCCAGGAAUUGUCACAUUUUUUUCCAAAUCUCAUCCCUGAAAACUGCACACACUUUUGAUUGAAGGGUUUACUUGCAGAUAAAUGGAUAACCUUUAAAAAGUGUGUGCACUUGCUCAGAGCUCAAGCCUUUGCUGUACAGCCACCCCCCCAGCAUCACUCCAUGGGGAUCCAAUGCUAAGGAUGUUGAAACUGUUUGCAAGAGGGAAAAGUCUUGACCACCCUGUUCUUAUUUAAAGCGGUCAGAGACUGUUACAACAUGCUUUGACAUUACCACUAGGGGAUAUGUAAAGGUCUGGCACGGAGAUCAGAAACAUGCUUUUA